CACGUUUCUAUCUCACCUUAAUUUGUCCCACAAUCGGUUAUCUGGCUCUUUUCCUUUCACACUUUUUCAAACUUUGAAUCAUUUGGAAUCGAUUGAUUUGAGUUAUAAUCUUCUGUCUGGGUUACCGAAUUACAGCUUACCUGUUUCAAUUCGAACCAUAGAUCUAUCGAGUAAUCAGUUUAAUGGGUCGGUCGAGUCUCCUUUUUUCCGCGGUGCGCCGCGUUUGAUUAGUUUCAACGUUAGUAACAACAGUUUUACCUGUCCACUUCCUUCCUCUAUUUGCAUCAUCUCCAGUUUUGUGAAGAUAUUGGAUUUCUCCAUGAACAAAUUCAGUGGCAAUAUAUCACAAGGAAUUGGAAGAUGUUCUAAGCUGGAAGUUUUUAGGGCUGGUCUUAAUUCUCUCUCAGGAUGGCUUCCAUAUGAUCUUUACAGCGUGAAAACACUCGUAGAAAUCUUUUUAGGUAACAACCAGUUUACAGGACCUAUCAACAAUAGCAUAGCUCUUCUCUCAAAUCUUAGCAUUCUAGAUCUCCAUCAGAAUGGAUUGAUUGGUGAGGUUCCUAAAGAUAUUGGGUUGCUGUCAAAUUUGAACCAACUGAUUCUUCACACCAACAGCCUAAAUGGUUCUGUGCCUCCAUCAUUGAUGAAUUGCACUAGCCUGAAAACUUUGCUUUUGCGAAAUAAUCAUUUAGGAGGAGAAAUUACGAGUCUUGAUUUUUCCCCACUUCGGAAACUGGAAGCAAUUGAUUUUGGGAACAAUAGCUUUGUGGGAAACAUUCCAGUUAGCCUGUGCUUGUGUAGAUCGCUGACUGCAGUUCGACUCGCGUAUAACCAGUUGACUGGCGAAAUCCCAGCUUGCAUGGCUGGCCUAAAAUCUUUAUCCCAUCUCUCACUUUCCGACAAUUUCCUAUCUAACGUUGUUGGAGCUCUACAGAUUCUUAUACGCUGCGAUAAUCUUUCAGUUCUCUUCCUGUCAAGGUGCUUCAAUGAUGAACCGGUGCCAAACGAUGAACAUUUAUUAAAUCUAAAUGGGUUUCAAAAUCUACAAAUUCUCACUCUGGGAGGAUGCAAACUCAAAGGUGAAGUGCCUUCUUGGAUUGGAAAAUUAAAGAAACUCAAAGUGCUGAAUCUGUCGUACAAUCAAAUUACAGGCACCAUUCCAAAAUGGCUGGGGAGUAUGCCUAGCCUUUUUGUACUAAACAUCACUCGAAAUCACCUCACCGGAGAACUUCCUCGUGAAAUUGGCAACCUAAAAGCUUUAGUUUCAGAUGAUACGGACUCAAACUUGAGUAAUUUAGCAUUGCCUUUCUUAUUCGACAGUCUCCAGUAUAAUCGACUAUUCAACUUGCCAAGGGGAAUCAAAGUUGGGAAUAACAGUCUGAGUGGGAAUAUUCCGGCAGAAUUAGGAAACUUGAGACUUCUUAGAGAACUGGAUCUCAACGAUAACGACUUCAUUGGAAGCAUUCCAAGUGAAUUAUCCCAUCUUGUCAAUUUAGAGAAAUUGGACAUGUCGGGGAACCAUCUCACCGGCGAGAUCCCCGAAUCUCUGAAAAAACUCCAUUUCUUAUCUUCUUUCACUGUGGCAAACAAUGAUUUAGAAGGAGAGAUUCCACAGGGUGGUCAAUUUGAUACAUUCACAAACACUUCAUUUGAGGGGAAUCCUAAACUUUGUGGUUCUGUACUGCAAAAAAUUUGCCCUCCAGCAAGCUCCGGAGGUCAAGAUGAACCGGAGGAGGAAGAGUCAGCAACUUCAUUGUACACCAUUCCCUUUGGUUUGGGAUAUUCUGUAGGAUUUUUUGUGGUCAGCAUCAGUUUAAUCUUUAGGAGUUCAUUGAAGUGGUUUAACUGAUAAACCGCUGGUCUUUGUAAUGAGCUAGCACGAGUAUAUUUUAGUUAAAGACCUACCGGCUAUGCUAUUUACAUUAUUUUUAUGUGACUAGUAAUGAUACCGGCGUAGUACGUUAUUACGUCUAUUUAGUUACCCAAAAAAAUAAAAUAAAAAAGUCAUGUUU